UUCUUUUCUCAUUUAUGUCACCAACUGUGUGUCACUGAGUGUGGGUUUGUUCGGCUGGCGAUCAGCGACAACUCUGUCGAAUGUGAAUAUAGCUUCGAGGAUUGAAACAUGUCUUGUGAAAGUGACGGUGGGGAAUCCCCUAAGGGCUGGACUAUUGUAGACGGUCAUGGACGCACUGAUCAGGAUUCUGAUGAUUCCUCUGGAUCAGGCUCCUCAUCAGACUUUGUUGAUCUUAGAGAGGACAGAGUUCAGUAUCAUCACACCAGCAGGAGCAGCAGCGCCAUCAACGUCGUACCAAGCGAGGGCGUGAGACCCAGUGCAGCAUCAAGCCUCCCUGCUAACUUCAGAGCCCACGUGGGCGGAGCAAGCCAGGUUGAGAAUCUUGAGGCUACCGCUUGCCUCAAUGCUGAAGGCUUAGCUUCAUCUUCAUACACCACAAUGCCGUUUCAGCUUACACCAGCUCUUGAUGAAUCCGAAAACAACCCGAGUGCCCCAAGCAGCCAGAUACCUGAUCUUGAGACUUUGGUAUCCUCAGACUCAACGCUUGUCGGCUCAGAGUCCCCUGCCCUGUUAUCCUCAACUGGUGACCUUAACAGUUCGGGAAACCAUCUUGAGCCAGCUGGCGAUGAGCAAAUUGAAGUUGCUCAUCAUUCGGUGAUUAUGUCUGAUGGAGAGAUUGAUGCUGCGACUGAAGUUAUCCCGGAUGAAGAGGGUCCAUCUAGCCUCGCAUCCGACACCAUAUCGGUAGACAGCAUUGAGGUGAUCUCCUUGCCAUUUAGUGGUGGAGACCAACUGAUGAAGGCGGAAACGCUGAUGAAGUAUGGAUGGUUGGGUGACGAGACAAGGGAGAAAGAUAAGGCAGAUUCGGAAAUUUUGGUUUCUCAAUCAGUAGCAGACCCUCUGUACAAUGAUCAGUCUCCUGUGAGCUCACCAAGUGAAGAAUCUGACUCGUCCGAGUUUGAACGCAUUGAGGUGGACAUGAUACCACCCCUGUCCGAGAUCGUGAACCAUGCUAUUCAUAAUGCUGAGGAUGAUGAGGAGAACAAGAUGGAUGUGGCAGGAGCCAGACCAAUAUCACAAAUGAAUGUCGAGCAACCCAUCACAAGUCGCUCAUCCCCAAGACCAAUUGACAAACCACAAAACUACAACGAGGAUCGCUCUGUCAGUCAAGAUGAGACAUACAAUCUCAUCCCUGAUCAGCAGUCCCCACCACUGCCAUCGCCACGUCUUGGACUGAACAUCAGUUCACCCGCACCUGUUCGAGUGUUAAACAUCUGGCCCUUGGACGGUCCAUUGGUACCUAUCCAGCCGUUCCAUCUGCCUGCAGAAGUGCAUAAUAACUCCAGCUUCGGGGCAUGGCCUCCUGACCAGCCGCUGAAUCUGCCCCCAGAUAGAUUUGACCUUCCUAGGCCAUCGAGACGCCACAGCAAUGGCUUGAGUGAUGAUGGUUUUGAGCUGAUAAGGAGACCAAGGAGGCUGGAUGAUGAUGCAGUGUCUACCGUUUCCUCCAGCAGCUCUGAUGUAUCUGGAUUUGUGAAUGUCAGACAACGGAAUGCACCCUCUCUAUCCCGCUCUGUCAGCCAACACCACAGCGACUUUGAUGAUGAGAACCUCUCCAACUUCACUGACGGCUCUGAGGACAGUCUUCCCGCCAACAUGAUGAUACCAAGUCGCAAGUCUGGGGUGAGACAGUAUAAGCACAGCAGAGACGAGGGGUUCAACGCUACGCUGGAUUGGUUGGUCUUCAUGGUCUUAAUCACUGGUUUGGCGCUUGGCAUUGGACAUUUCAUUGGUUCCUCACAAGAGAUGGCCUACCAGCACUCCAUGAACACUGGACAAGUACAGCGUCUGCGUGAACUCCAGGACGACCUCGUGACCUGCCUGGAUCACAGCACAGGUCCCAACAAUAAGAUCGCCAUCACCGCAGAGAGCUCGUCUCCAGCGCUUCAGGCCAUCAGGCGGAUGGAGAGCCUCAACUCAAGAAUGCUCGCCGACAAAGACCCAGAGCAACAGCUUCUUCUUGAGCAGGAGGUAGGUCAGGAACAAGACACCAUCAGGCAGGGCGAACCUGGAGACGGAACGUUGCAUUUGACUCAGACUGAGAGAAGACGACCAAGUAAAGAGAUAUCCCAGGAGGGGUUGAUACUCUCCUUAGGUGAAGUGGGUACGGGUAAGGAUGUGGUAAUGGAUCCCGAGUCAAGUGUAGAUUUACAUACCAGUUUGUCAGAUGAUAAUAGGCAAUUGAUUGAGCCUUCUAACGAGAAGGAACAAAUUCUCCUUGAGGUUGCAAAAGAAGACGCUGAUAAUUUGGUUGUCGGGAUACAAUCUGAGAAGGGUUUUAACAAUGGUCAAGAGGGGCUCAUUGAGGAUCCUGUUAUCUCCUUGGUGUCCGGCCAGCUUGAUGAUGGACGUGAUGAGGAGAAAGACACUCAAAAUAUAACAAAUCGUGAUGUUUUACAGGUUUUGAAGAAGUCAACUGAGGUUAGCAUUAUGCAUGAGCAGGAUUUAAGUGUUGACAAGGUUGUAGUGGGUAGUCACAGAUUGGAAAGAGGAUUGGAAGAGGAAAAAACCGACGCAGCUGAAGUUGAGAUAGAGAAUGACUCACAGGGGAAGGAUGAGCUUGAAGAGGAUGAAACCAACGCAGCUGAAGUUGAGAUGGAGAUUGACCUACACGGGAAGGGCGAGCUGGAAGAGGAUGUCAAGUCCGCUAGCGAAAAUGACAUCUGUCCUGAAUUAUCCAGUACGGAGUAUGAAUCAGCAACAAUCAAAGCCCUGAAACAGAAGAUGGAACAAAUGGAAGAGAGAAUGGACAAGGUGCUCCAGACAGCAGAACACUGGCAACAGAUGAUCGAGGACUUGAAGAAAGAUGGAAGCUCAAAAAAUGAUGAGGGCCAAGACACAAGUCAGUCAUCUGAAUCCUCAGACAAGGUUAACGACAACCACCCUGAUGAUCAAACUGAAACGCCAGAAGACCCCCUUGGUGGAAUAGCCGCCGCAUUUGAGCGUAUGUUGCCAGGUUUUCUCCACUCCGAACAUGGAAAUGAUUUUCUGGCGUAUCUCAAUCAAACGGAAGCCUCAGUGAAGUCGUUCUUUGUCAGUGAGGAUCAAAACAAAUCAGGUUCAUGGUCGGAGGCGUUUCAUACCAAAUUAGAAGCUUUAAAAGCCUUUCCAGAAUCAGAUGAAGUCCAAAAAGUUCUCAACAACACUAAACUCUUUGCAGAGCACCUAUCAACAGAGAUUGAAUCAGUCGCAGAAUCUCUGAAGAAUCGAUCAGCUCGGCUUGUUGAGGAGCAUAACAUCACAGUAGAGGGUCUUGGUGAGCGAGCCAACGGUGCCUGGGCAAAACUGAAAAACAUCACCUCGGACGUCCUAGACUACAACAAGAAAGUCCUCUCAGGUGUUGGUGAACGCCUAACUGACACUCUACACACUGUGGAAAACAUCUCGGCCGAAACAAUAGCCAAACAUAACAUCUCUCUGACUAAUGUGGGCAAGAUGGCCAAACAGGUCUGGGGCUCCGUCAAAAAUUACUCAACCCGUGUAACUGAUGGCAUUCUGAACGCAACGGCAACGACAACGGGAAAGUCUGAAUCUGAGCCUUCGAAAGAAAAGAGUGGGUUCGGUCAAACGGUCAAAGAUGCUUGGAGUACAGUAAAGAACUACUCCAACGAUUUUACGAAGAAGCAAAAUUUGUCCAUAUCAGGACUGAGAGAUCAAGUUAAAGCUGCAUGGGGGAAAGUCAAGAAUACUUCAGCACAAGUCCUUGAGGAUAUUUCUGAUUCAAAUCUGGCUGGAAAAUUUAAAGAGGGCGCAAAGAAGCUCGGAGAGAAGGUUGAAACGACUUUCAGAUCAGUGAAGGAUAAGGUGAAGAGAUUUCACAAAAGAAAGCACCGCCAUGGGAAGAAGCAACAUUCUCAAGAGCGCUCUAAGCAUCAUCGGCAUGAGAAUCAUUUCAGAAAAACCAGUAGGAAUGCGAAGAGGGAUUUCCCUAAGGAAAGACAUAGCCACGGCUCUGGUAAAUCUCAUCGGCAUCAGCAUCAACAUCGAGAAAGGCACCACCGUCACAGAGAAAGGCACCAUUUGGACAUUGAGGAAACGACAGCAUCUUUUGAUGAUGAUCAUGAGCAAUAUGAAGGGGAGUACUCGGUGCCUGUACAACAGCACCAUCGGCAGCCUGAACGUGACAACGACCCGAUAGAGGCACUGCAUCCAGAUCAAGGCGACGGCUUACGUUUUUCCUCCCCACAAAGACCACAGUGGGUGCUGCCUUCUCACGGUAAUACCAAAUCUCAAGAAAAGAAAAUUUUGAAGGAUGAGACAACAUCACAAAUAAGGUUAACAGAGAAGCGUCAAUCUGUUCCGUCUAGAAAACAAUCAAUGAAAUCUGGUGACUCCAUGGAUCAAAAGCAGAAGGAUAAAUCUAGACAGGAAGUUCCCGGGGACGACCCAAGACAGCCCUUCAAUAUCAAAGAUUUUCCCCAAUUUGAUUGCAAAGGGAAAAAGAUUAUAGAGCCAAAGUGGGAGGAUCUUUUUGACUGUAUGGACAUGCACUGUAAAGGAGAAGAAAAAUGCAUGCAAAGCCAGCGCAAAGAUGCAGCCAGGCUCUAUUCAGAGCUCCUGGACUACCAGGACUGGCUCAAAGACCGUCACCUCAAGAAGGAUGUACGGGAGUUGAAGGAAUUCCUUGAGGAACUUGGAGAGUUUCUCAGCGAGACAGACACAGACGACGACGACUUGGAUGAGCUGAAGGACGAAUUCGGUGAAAUGGUUCAAGACAUGGAGGAGAGGGCUCUUAAGCGACAGCGAAAGAGUCAUAAAAAGUCACAAGAUAAGAAGCUGCAAAAUGUUAAACUCACAAUUGACGAUGACAACAGUGUUGGUGGCGAGACAACUGAAAACUCCACCAUCGUCAUCGACCUCAAUAGUCUCCCUCAGCGAAAGGAGUCCCAGAAAGAUCCAUCAUCUAAGUUGUCUCCUGAGAUGGAGAGGCGCAAGUACGCGGGACGCGGAUACCAGAGCACAGACGACCAGGACGAUUGGUACCUCCAGCGUGCCAAGGACAGGGAGGAUCAGCGGAAGCCGCACGAGUCCAAUCCGAGUAAGGAGGAUAACUUCAACUGGUACCUGCACUGGGUUCAGGGUCGUAUUGAUGGACGGACUGGGGUGACAGUGUGGGACAUGUACGAGUGGAUCAAGGAGAGAUACGUACUGAGAGAGGAACUGAGGAGGCAUGAGAUGGAGGAUCACACUAAUUGGUUCCUCCGAAGACCUUAAAUAUAUACCAGCAAAAUCAAAAUAAACAUGUUCAUCGGACACUCUUGAAACCCUUCAUCUGUGCACCUUAGACCAUAAUUCUCACUUGGUGUAUCCCAGCCUAUGCACAAAAUAACAAACCUGUGAACAUUUGGGCCCAUUUUGGUCAUCCCCAAAAACACUUUUUGCACAAAUUUGUAUGCGUUCAGAUGCCUGAGAAACACUUCUGGCUCAAAUUCAAAAAGUUUAGUGAGAAAUUACCUCUUUCUCAAAAACUAUGUAACUUCAGAGGGGGUUGUUUCUCGCAAUGUUUAAUACUAUCACCAGCUCUCCAUUGCUCGUUACCAAGUAAGUUGCUAUGCUAAUGUUUGAGACUUUGAGUGACCACUUUGAGUGACAACCAGAAAAAUCAACGUCAACGUGUUGACGUUUGUUAGUUUGUUAAAUCGGUUUGUUUUUGUUUCGUACCAUUUGACACUAUGUUUAUCAUCAUCCAGUUUUAUUUAUUUCUUUUAGGGUCUGAUUGUUGUUGGCUUUGAUUUUGUUUUUGAAACUUCUUUGUUACUGACAACUGUGUUUGUUGAUCUGAGACAAUUUUGAAAACCAUCAUGGCCAUGUGAACUUAAAAAGAUUAAGAAAGCAAUAUCGGUAUUAAUCAUCUCUCUCUUUCUUGAUGAGGAAAUAGUGUUUUAUUACCAAAAAGUGUCAGCAAAUGAUCGUACUGACACAUAAAACGUAAGAAAUUGUUUAAAGGGACAUGGACUUGUCAGUGGAUGAACAUUAAUUGCAGGUCUUCAGAAUAACGUGACCGCAUUUGUUCCUGCUUUCAAAAUCCUUCCAUGGGAAGGUUUGACCGAAAAAUAUUCUUCUGCCUUAAAAAAUAUAUAAUAUUUUGAAGGUAAAUUAGUUAAAUAAAUAGUGGAUAUAGUGGAUAUAUUCAGUUGUUUAUAAGCAGUUAAUAUUUUAUUUGUGGUGAUUAACAUGAAUAGCUUUGUUUAAUAAAACGAAACAUAACAAUACAGUGCCAUUUUAUAGGCUUAAAUGUUAUUAGCUAAUGAAAUGCCAAAAACAAGUCAAUAAAGGUUUGACACACAUACUAUAUUGAAAUUUUAUGCAAUUUGUUCAGCAUACUUCAAGGCUGUUACAAGCCUACAAAGUUGACUAUAAUUUCACUGAAGACAGGUUCCACCAGUUUGAAAAAAAAGAAUAAAAAAUCAUUUGUUGUUCCAUUGCUGGCAAACUCUUGCAGGGAUUGGUACGUGAUCAGUAUGCAAAUUAGGUAUUUAAUGUUUACCAAGCACAGUGAAUGGUGGUUAGCAAUGAUUAAUUUAUUCAUGAUUUUAAUGCUUUAAAUCUAACCACGCCCUUUUAUUUUUGAGGGUUUACUAUUAGGCCGUAUCUUGCUUAUGCUAGACAUCGUUUCACCUUCUUAUAAUUGCUUUAUUUCAUGUACACAUGAUUUAUUUUGUCAGCUUCUUAAAAUAAGGAGUAACUGUUAGCGCGAGGUUUUAUUUUGUAUAUAAAAGUCAACAAUAUCUAGCAUGUAUAAAAUGCAUUGCAGGAAACUAACAUGUAAAGUUAGCAAGGGCGAAAGUGUAUGUUUACAAUUGCGCUUUUGGCGGUUGUUUUUACAAUUAUUGCGGGUGCUUUGCGUUUGCGCUCAGGGCUUCAGACGAGAGGGAACUGAAGCCGAAUCUAAAGCGAAAGUCGUGGUUUUGAAAAGGGUAGCUUUUCAAUUCCAUCUGCAUCAAUACGCAACACAUGCACUAAUAAAUUAAAGGAAAAUAAUAUUCGACGGAACUAAUUUAUUGUUUAAAAUUAACAGGUGAUUUUUGUACUGUUUAUGGAAUUGACCUUUGUACGAAGUU